GGUCGGGUGAUGGAACCCCAGACCCUGCUCCUGCUGCUCUCGGGGGCCCUGGCCCUGACAGAGACCUGGGCUGGUCCCCACACCCUGAGAUAUUUAAACAUCCUCGUGACCGGACCUGGACAAGGCAAGUACCGGGCAAUCAGCAUCAGCUACGUGGACGACACGGAGAUCAUGCGGUUCGACAAGGACGCAGUGGGUCCCGGGACGCAGCUGCGGGUGCCGUGGCUGGAGCAGCUGUGGGUGGAGCGGGAGGAUCCAGACUGGUGGGACCAGCAGGCACAGAACAUCAAGCACAACGAAGAGAACUUCCGAAACUACUUGAACUACCUGCGCACCUACUUCAACGAGAGCGAGGACGUGUCGCACACCCACCAGCACAUGACAGGCUGUGUCGUGGGGUCGGACCGGCGCUUCCUCCGCGGGUACUUUCAGUCCGCCUACGAUGGCAACGAAACCUUUGAGGUGAACGUGGACCGGUGCUCCUCCACCUCGGCCCAAGUCCCGAUAACUGCCGAGAGCGACAUGGUGCAGGACCAGGCUGCAGAGCACUGGAGGACCUACCUGAAGAACGUGUGCGUGCCCUGGCUCCGCCUGUUCCUGCAGAAGGGGAAGGAGACGCUGCUCCGAGCAGACCCUCCAAAGACACGCAUGACCCACCACCCCAUCUCUGACCAUGAGGUGACCCUGAGGUGCUGGGCCCUGGGCUUCUACCCUGCGGACAUCACCCUGACCUGGCAGCAUGAAGGGGAGGACCUGACCCAGGACAUGGAGCUGGUGGACACCAGGCCUGCAGGGGACGGGACCUUCCAGAAGUGGGCAGCUCUGACUGUGUCCCCUGGAGAGGAGCAGAGAUAUACGUGCCAUGUGCAGCACCAGGGUCUUCCUGAGCCCCUGACCCUGAGAUGGGACCCCCCUUCUCAGACCACCAUCAUCAUUGUGGGUAUUGCUGCUACCCUGGGUCUCCUUGGAGCUACAGCUGCUGGAGCUGUGCUGUGGAGGAGGAAGUGCUCAGGCUGCGACAGUGCCCAGGGCUCUGAUGUGUCUCUCACAGAUGCUAUGGUGUGACAGAGCUGCUUUCUACUGGACUUGGUGCUAAAACAUUCAUUGCAGGCCACAUCAGUGGACACUGGCACUAGAACACAGAGGGGUCCUACAAUGAUGAGUCAUUCUGCAAGUAGUUUUUGAGUCUGGGGAAGAUGACACAGUGCUUUUACACCUGGAACACAGACAUACCUUGGAGAUGUUUCUGGUUCAAGUCCAAACCACUGCAAUAAAGUAAAUAUACCUAGAAAGUGAGUCACACAAUUUUUUUGGUUUCUUUGUGAUCAUAAAUGCUAGGUUUAUGUUGUACCAUAGUCUAUUAAGUAUUCAAUAGUAUUAUGUCUAAAAAAUAAUGUGCAUGCCUUUAUCAAAAUAUACUUUGUUCUUAAUAAAAAUGCUA